AUGAGGAGGACGCCAGCAGCAGCAUCAGCAGCAGCAGCAUCAGCAGCAGCAGCAGCAGGAGCAGCAGCAGCAGGAGCAGCAGCAGCGAGUGCACUCCGCUUAUCUGUCUUUCUUGCUGCAGCUGCUGCUGUCUCUCUGAAUUUUAUUUCCUGCAGCGCCGCCAUAGCUGGCAGCAGCGGCUUCGGUGGAGGAGGAGCAGCAGGCUAUGCUGCUUCACCGCAGCAGCAGCAGCAGCAGUUGCAGCAGCUGCAGCAGCUACAGCAGCAGCUGCAGCAAGUGCAGCAGUUGCAGCAACAAGUUCCUGUUACGCAGGGUGUGAAGCAAGUGCAGCAGCUUUCUGCUGAGCAGCAGUUGCAGCAGCAACAGCUGCUUCAGCAGCAGUUACUGCAGCAGCAGAUUCAGCAGCAGCAGUUGUUGCAGCAGCAACUUCUUCAGCAACAGCAGCAACAGCUUUCUCUCCCUCUCUCUUCUCAGCCACUCUCCCAGCAACAACUCCAGCAACCCCAGCAACAGCAGCAACAGCAGCAACAGCAGCAGCAGCAGCAGCAGCAAGGAGUAUUAGGAGGAGGGUUAGGCUUACUGUCAGGCAGCUUACUAGGUGCAGGAGCGGACGAUACGCUUCAGCGCUUGUCUUCAUUAUCAGCAAGCAUUGCGAACUGCGACCCUAAGCGUGAAGGUGUCUGCUGCAUAGCUACAGAGUAUUGCGAUAUAAAUGCUGAUUGCUAUUCAAGUGUAUCUCCACAGAAUGUCUUUGAUUGGGUAGAAGCUAUACCGAGGUGUACAUGCAGGUGGGGCUUCGCUGGUGACGGCAGACGUAAGGGUACAGGCUGCAGCAAUAUAGAUGAGUGCAGCACAGGAGCAGCAGGCUGUGAACAGCUUUGUUUUGAUCUCUCGCCGGGCUUCGCAUGCGGCUGCAGCCCAGGAUAUAAACUACUUCCUAACGGUAAGCUUUGUGAAGAUAUCAACGAAUGUGUUGAUAUUAAUUAUACAAGCAACAACGUCAAUCAGCAGCAGCAAACCCUUCUUAACCCUACUUCUAAUGGGGGCUGUCAGCACAUCUGCGUUAAUACCCUCGGCUCCUUUCACUGUCAAUGCCUACCAGGCUUCGCGUUGGCACCUGACGGGCGUAGCUGCGUUGAGAUGGAUGCCUGCGCAGCAGCAGCAGCACGAGCUGCAGCAGCAGGAGCAGCAACACCAGCAGCAGCAGCAAUAGGGGUACAAGGAGGAAGAGGAAGCUUAGGAGGAGGAGCAGCAGCUCCUGCAGCAGCAGCAGCAGCACCAGCAGCAGCAGCGGCAGCAGCACCAGCAGCAGCAGCUUCGCCUCCUCCUGUGUCUUCUGUCUGCUCUCAUAAGUGCAUAACAGAGUUAGGGUUAUAUCGCUGCAGCUGCCCCGUAGGAUAUAAACUGUCUUUGUUUGAUUUAUCUUCGUGUUUAGAUAGAAAUGAAUGUGAAGAAGGGCUUGGAAACGGGGUUGCUGCAUGCAGCAACGACAACUCGCAGCAAUGCACCAACGUCCCUGGCUCUUAUAAAUGCUCCUGCGCUCCUGGAUAUACACUCAAACAAAGCAGCAGCAGCAGCAGCAGCAGCAGCAGCAGGGGGGGGGGAGUCGGUGGUGGUAGUAGUGUCAGCGGCCAGCAGCAGAUAGUAGCGCAACAGCAGCAAAUACAGCAGCAGCAAAUCCCGCAGCAGCAGCACUUCCUGCAGCAGCAGCAGAAGCAGCAGCAGCAACCGCAACAGCCACAGCAGCAGCUGCUGCAACGGCAGCAGCUAGAACAGAGGCAGCAAAUGCAGCAGCAACAAGUGCAGUACCCGCAAACGCAGGUGCGACAGCCACAGCAGCAGCAGCAGCAGCAGCAGCAACUGCGCCAGCAGCAGCUCGCGCAGCAGCAGCAGCCGCAGCAGCAGAAGCUGUCAUCAGCAUUGAGGCAGCAACGUAGCCCCCUAUUAAACGACGCCCACAGUCUUAUAAUGCAGCAGCAGCAGCAGCUAAUAAUGCAGCAGCAGCAGGAGAUCCUCAGGCAGCAGCACCUCCUUGAAGAGCAGCAAACCCGCGAACGCUCGCAGAAACCCCAACAGCAGCAGCUGCAGCAGCAGCAGCAGCAGCAGGGACAGAGGCCUCCUAUACGGCGUCUGCAGCUGGAUAAGACAAUUGAAGGGAUCGUUAGGGCUGCUCAGGCAGCAAACGACAGCAGCAGCAGCAGCAGCAGCAGCAGCAGCAGCGGGGACGCGGACGCCCAGAGGCUUGCCGAUGUGACGAAGCAGAUUUUUGCUGCUGCAGGAACAGCAAGCUCUGCUAUUAGUGCUGUUAAUAUAGCAUCAGGAAAUGCAGCACAGCUGCAGCAGCAGCAGAGGCAGCAGCAGCAGCAGCGGAUGGCAGCAGAAAGUGCAGCACUUGCUGCUCAGCUCGGCACUGCAGCACAGCGCUUUUCUCCUAGUCAGUCAUACAGCGCAGAAGCUAAGCAGCUGCUGCUGCUGCAGCGGCAGCUGCUGCAGCAGCAGCACCAACCCAGAGACCCACCAACACCACCAGCUGAAGCAAUUGUUUGUGAAGACAUCGAUGAAUGUGCUGCUGCUGCUGCAGCGCAGCAGCAGAUCUGCCCUCAUCCGGAUCUUCUCUGCAUCAAUACACCUGGUAGUUAUGAAUGCAGAUGUCCCGCCGGCUACCGUUGGGCAGAGGAGACAAAAAAAUGCGAGGACGUCGAUGAAUGUCUCUUAGCCCAAAUAGCCUUCAAUCCCCAGCAGCAGCAGCAGCAGCAGCAGCAGCAGCAACAGCAGCAGCAGCGUUUGGCGCUUGUUGCUGCUGCUAGAAUGAAACAAAAGGGACAGCUUGUUGCUGGGCUUCCGAGUGUAUGCGAUGGAGUCUGUGUCUCUCAGGUUAUAAAUUAG